AUGGAGACCGCAACUUCGUUCACAUCUUUCUCUAAUACCACCGCUUCUCCGGUUGCCGAUUCAAUCUCGGUCGCCUCACUGCUGUCUGUUGUCGCCAUGGGUUGCACAAUGGUGUUUGCAAUUUUCGGAAACGUCUUGGUGAUCUUGGCUGUGCACCGCACAAAAAGCCUACGAACUACGGCCGCUAUUCUUGUUGUGAACCUAGCUUUGGUGGAUCUAUCGAUCACCGUUUCAAUCGUGCCGUUUGUUAUGACGCUAGCUGUCACGCAAGAAUGGGUUUUGCCUUGGGUAGUGUGUCGUCUCACGGGCUUCAUAAAUGCUUUCUUAACUGCUGGUCAAAUCUUGGCCCUGUUUCACAUCAGCGUAAACAGGUAUAUCGCUGUGGCUUACCCUCACUCGUAUGAAACUCGUUGCAACAAGCGAGGCACUAUAUGCACUGUGCUGCUAGGAUGGUUGUUUUCUUUAAUCUGGACUACGCUUCCGUUUUAUGGAUGGGGCAAGCUCGGAUUCAUACAAGGCACUUUAUUUUGCAACAUACUAUGGUCCGCGAAUAUGGCCUAUGCGAUCACUGUGCAUGUUGUAUGUUACUUUAUACCAUCCAUUCUCUCCGCAGUGCUGUAUCUAGGUGUCUACAAACAUAUGCGAUCGCAAGGGAAGCGAAUAUUCCAGCAAACAUUUAGCUUAGAAUUGACACAGAAUUUGGACAAGGAAAGAAGUGAAUCAACAAUUAGUCGCAACAUCGGAGAGGAGAACGUACCCAGAACUAUAUCCUUUGACAAUCUCUCCAUAUCAACAGAUAACAUUACUAAUUCAGGAUUUUCGGAUCUUAGCGAACAAUCAUCAGCGUCCACUCGAGCGAAACGAAGCAGACGUCGUAAAUUAAUGGAAGCCCGAGUCACAAAAGUGCUUCUUGCAGUUGUUAUGGCGUUCGUCUGUUGUUGGAUUCCGCGAGGAAUCGCGAACCUCUGGGCGAUCUUCGUGAGCCGCAAAGCCGUCCCACGCGCGCUCGAGUACAGCUCGACCGUGUUGGUGUUUUUCAACGCGGCAGUGAACCCUGUGUUAUACGGCGCUUUGCACCAAGAUUUUCAGCGCGCGUUUCGAAGGAUAAUCUGUUGCGAGCCAAACAUGAACAGAGGCAGGGCUGCGACCAACAUGAGCUUAUCAAUUCGGUGA